GAACAAACCACGUGUAAACAAUAUCGCUGCCUCGUCUUCUUCAACCUUUCCAGGCAAACGUUAUUCUUGAAAAUGCCAAAAACAAUUCUGGAUAUCGUCAGAGAAUGCGACAAUUUCCCAUCGCAUAACGAACCCACCCUCCAGUCUGAAACUCUGGCGGGGUGCUAUACCUUCAGGGUAAAUGGCUGCAGCGCUAUUCUAGGCUACAUUCGACCAGAAAUCGUCGACAAAAUGCAGUGGUCCGACUCUUGGGUACUCGACCACCAGGAACGCACAGUAACUCUUGCAACACCAGCAAAUGUAACAGCGGAGACGCGCUCUCGCGUCGUUGAAGAAACUCUACAAUCGACGAGAAAAAUGGGUACCAUCUCGCUACUGAAAGCCUGGCGGGGUGAACUCUUCCCCGUUUAUGGACCCGACGGAGAAACUCUACUUCUGGUGGAGCGCUGCGCAAGUGCGAUCUUUGGGAUCGUGACGUAUGGUGUUCAGCUUGUUGCCUACGUCCGAAAUGAUCAAGGACUUCGCUUGUGGAUUAGCAAGAGAUCCGAGGAGAAACAGACAUACGCCGGUAUGUUGGAUACCACAGCAGCUGGUGGUCUCAAUGCUGGGAAGUUACCAAUUGAGGGUGUUAUAUGUGAGGCGCAAGAAGAGGCGUCUAUACCGGAGGACGUGCUUAGGGAGAGGAUUGAGCCCAUGAGCACUCUAAGUUAUUUUCAUAUCCGAGGCGAGAAAGCUGGGGGAGAAAUUGGGUUGUUUCAGCCGGAGGUUGAGUAUACAUAUGAACUGGAACUGGAUGAAGAUAUGGUAGCCCAGCCGAGGGACUCGGAAGUUGAGGGUUUCGAGCUUUAUACCAUUGGUGAAGUGCUGAAUGCACUGAAGGAGGGAUUGUUUAAACCGAAUAGCGGCAUUGUCAUUGUGGAGUUUCUGGUAAGGCAUGGGGUUUUGAGUGACCAGAGCGAGGACUAUGCAGAUAUUUUGUUCCAUUUACAUCGCAAGCUCAAGUUUCCGUUGCGCAUUCUGGCAUCUAUAUGAGAUUAUCUGCACCACCAUCGGAGAUCAGAAAAUUGCAAUAUAUUGAACCUUCCCAGACCGCGGACCGGAAGCCGCCUU